AUGGCGGACAGCACGAGCGAAUUUGAGAGUGACACUAGCUCUAUUGAUGGAGGUCCUGUGCUCAAACUCCCCACUGCUGGGGAUGUUGAUGCCCUCCAGAAGCGAGUUGAGUCAUUACAGCAGGAGAACAGAGUUCUUAAAAUGGAAUUGGAGACAUUUAAGAUGAAAUGCAAGGCUUUGCAAGAAGAGAAUCGUGAGCUGCGGCGGGCUAGUGUCACCAUUCAAGCACGAGCUGAACAAGAGGAAGAGUUCAUCAGUAACACACUGCUAAAGAAGAUCCACAAACUCAAGAAGGAGAAGGAGACACUUGCUAUGAAUUACGAACAAGAAGAAGAAUAUCUCACGAAUGAUCUCUCAAGAAAGUUGUCGCAGCUCCGGCAAGAGAAGGUGGAGCUAGAACAGAGUCUGGAGAAGGAGCAGGAGUACCAAAUUAACAAGUUGAUGAGGAAAAUUGAGAAACUGGAGGCAGAAAUCAUGUCGAAACAGUCGACUCUUGAACAGUUGAGACGGGAAAAGGUCGAGUUGGAAAAUGCUCUCGAACAAGAACAAGAGGCACUGGUCAAUAGACUUUGGAAAAAGAUGGAAAAGCUGGAGGCUGAAAAGAGAAUGCUGCAAGAGAAGCUAGACCAACCCGUAUCUUCUCCACCUUCCCCCAGAGAAAUCAACAAUGGGGACCGGGCUGAUAACCUGACAGCCCACAUUCAAAACCUGAGAGCGGAGGUGUCUCAACUGAAACAUCAGUUAUCUUCAGCCCAGAUGGAAAAUGCUGAGAAGAUGGCCAACUUGAUGCAAGAGGAGAGACACAUUCGUGAAGAGAACAUGCGACUACAGAGGAAGCUACAGAUGGAGAUUGAUAGACGUGAAGCUCUCUGUCGUCAUCUCUCAGAGUCCGAGUCCAGUCUCGAGAUGGAUGAUGAGAGACACUUCAACGAGAUGACGAAGGACACCUCCACCCAAAGUAAUGUGGUCCGUCCACGAACUGUCUCCAGUCCUAUCCCUUAUCAAACACCAACUGCUGGCCCAGCACGACCUCUAUCACCAGGUCUCAACUAUGGUUCAGCAUUCAGCCCUCCCAGUCCUGUAAGAUGUACUUGUUGUGGUCAGACCGUCUACCACCCACCUCCUUCCCAGUUCUUACCAAGUUCGAGUCCACCAGUGCACUCAAGCAUGAACACAGGCAACAUGCCUGGCCCACACACAGUUAAUAGGCCAAGGGCUGCCAUGUCUGGGCCCCCAGAAAAGUUUGUGAAACCAGCUGCACCCGGAGAUAGACAGAUGAAAACUUAAGAGUAUGUGGACUCGUCUCUCACUUACUGUGCAUCUGUGAGGUGGCAGCACUGUGCAUCCAACAGGAAUAUCCAUUGGUUGUGUGCAAGAGCUGGUACACCAUCUGUUCCUGCUGCUCAGGGUCUAACCCGCUUUGAUGGUGCAUGCUCAACAUCGCUAGGAUAGCUUUCAGUCAUCAUUAACAAAAUCAUUGGCUUAACCAUGUUGUACUUAAAGAAACCAUAUGGUCAUAUUCUGUUGAAAACAACAAAGCUUCAACCUUCGCGGAAUAUUGCAAACCUGUAAUUUUUGCUGAUGUGCUGCAAAAAGUGAGUAUUUCAGCCAAUACAGGUGAAAGUGAAAUCUGAUGGACUUAUUUUUGGACAGAUUAUCAAUCACAAACAGUAUUGAGGAAGAAAUCAAACCAUUGUAAGUGUAAAUGAAUCAAGCGACAUGUACUGCCUUAAUGCUGCUUAAAAGCUUGAAAAUUAUUGAGUAACACUUUAGUUGCAAGAUAUCUUAUUUAUGGCUCACAAUGUUGAUCUGCUUGCUUGGGUAAAUAUUAUGUUACUACAAUGAUUGUUAAGGUUGGCUUGCAUUAGAUCAAAACUUUUGGGGAGCUGCUGUUUUUCUAAAACGACCCUAAUGAUCAGGUUUAAAUCUGGAUUUUAUGUACAUGUAGUUUGUUCCAGAUAUAUGACUUUUCUGUGGCUCUCUCUGUUCACUGCAUAUAAACGUACACUUUUUUGUUGGGGCAUCUGAGAGUACCUACUUGAACAUUUAGUAUAUAAAUCAAUUUGGGUGUUGCAGGUCAGUUUAUUGUGAUUACGUGUAUGCUUAUCAAUGUGUUAGGUGCAUCAUUUUGACUGGACAUCUUGUGUAUCAAGUAGAAUACUUAUUUUCAUUUGUAAAUCAUAUCUUUUUUAAUGGAAUAAUCUCUACUUUCUGAUUAAUUUCUGGUUAAUUCUUCCAUCAAAGUCUUAUUUUGUCACCACAGUGUGUCAAUUCAUGAAGGCUGUAUUCUGAUCCUGUAUGGCAAUGGCUGUUGAUUGCGGAUCAACUAGUAUUCUACAUUACCUUAUGAAACACGUUGUGGUUGAAAUGAUUAGGCUUUAUCAGUCAAAUAUUCAUGGCCAGAUUCAGAAAGGGUGGGCUUGCUUUGAUGUGAUGCACAGCUCAAAUAAAUGCAUUGGUUGGCAAAUUAUGCAUGUGGAGACAACUUUGGGCAACACAGUAUUUCAGACUACCAGGUAAAUAUUUGUUGCAAACUUACAUGAUCAGUGGGUGUUAGCUCUAGUAGGAUAAAUAGUAGUAUGGGUGUGAGAUGUUAGCUGUUUUAGCUGAUGUUGGUUGUAUGGCAUGGUAGACUAUUUCAAUACUGUAGCUUUUACCGUUUUAAUUUCCACAUACAAUGGUUAGACUUGUUGUCUGCUCUUGAGUUCAGUUCUGUCACAUGAGUUUCAUUUUAAUUUCUAUAUUAGUAGAAUCGCCAAGACCCGUCUGUGGAACAGUGUUAUCAUAGUGUUGGAGUAAAGAACCAUAGAAUGAGGACACCACUGUCAGUGUCUGAAAACACCUAGUCUACAUCUGUCAACUUCAGAUGCUAUCUUGGCUAUCUAACUGAACUUGUUUGCUGGGCUAUCAUUACGAUUACAAAGCUAACUCAAAGUGUUUUACAAGUUAGAAUCAUUGAUGGUGAUGAUCACUUGCACGACAACAGCGUAGAGUGAUUGUUCCAAUUAACAUGAUAUGAAAGAGUGUUAUAGUUGGGUGGAAACAUUGCAUUCGCUUGCAAGAACUUUGAAACAAUGAGAAGGGAAUACAUUUUACUUGGUAGGAUGUGGCAUUUGGCAUGUUUUCAUGAGAAAGUUUGUUGGUUCAGAUUAAAGGUGAUAUAUUAGCCGAUAGCAAUAGCUGCCCAAUUAUGUACAGAUGCAUAAAAUGUUAGGUAGAUCGAAACAACUUUCUUUUAAAAACAUGGGCGUCUGUCGAAAGGGCAUGUGUUGCUGUCGUUGCUAUGGUGAUAGGGGUUGUUAUUGCUCUGUUAAAGUUGAUGGUACGAGUUGAGUACUUUGUACAUAUGUAGUUUGAAUUCUGCACUCGCAACAAGAACCUGAUUUCGGGCAACUUAGCCUGCAUACCUCGCUGCAGUAUAGUGUACUGUGGAUCCUUCUUGGUGGGACCUUAUUUACUUAGUCACCUCUUCUAGAACUGUAAAGACAGCUUUUGUCAGUCAAAAGGAUGAGGAGUUACUGGUCACAAGCUGCUCACUGUCAGAAAAAAGUCAUAGUUUGCCCUGAAGUGGGUUCUUGCCUCGAGUCAGAAUAGAGUCAUUCAAAUUUCUGUAAAUUACGACAGCAUUGAUGUGAUAAAGAUGAAAAGAUUACAAAAAUACUGGUGUGUACAUAUUAGAGCUUGAUUAUCUUGAUCAAUUAGGAUAUUUCUGAGGAAAUUUGUAAAGAGGUACAUGUAGUUUGCAAAUUGAUUGACAGUGGGAUUCGUUGCUCUGUAAAAUUGUGUUAACGAAAAUGGAUACAUGUAGUUUUCUUGGGGUGACUGAGGUCAGAUGCACCCCUAAGUUGACCAUCUUUGAAUAUUGUGGAGAUGAUUUCAUGGGGUGGAGUCAUGUGGUAAUGUACUACAGUCAGUGUGAUUGUUCAAAAUUGCAUGAUGAACCCUUGCAUGGUUAACAUGCAGGUGACCACUUUGAAGGUUGUGAAUUUAGAACCCUCAACCCACUACCCACUCCCACCCCCAGCUAGGUUUGUUGUAACUUUAGAUAACUUAUGAGGUUAGUGGUCAUAUUGAGUUUUGUCUGUAAUUCCUGAAGAGUUGUUAUAAUUAAUGUUUUCAAUACUGGCUGUCCCAUAGAUGUACCUAGAGGCGGGCUGUUUAUAUAGUUCAUGUUAUUUUCUAUUUAUAAAUAGCACUGAUUAGUGCAUAAUGUGCUUCUAUGCUUGCAUUCAGUUUGGCAUGUCCCAUUUUGAAAAUCAAUGGUGAAAUACUUAAAAUGCCUGAUUCUGAUUGUGUUUUUCAAGAGAACAUGUUUUAAUUAAUGCAGGUAUUUACGAUGAGAUUUUGGAUCAGUGUUUCUUUGCCUGUGAAUAACUGCAGUAA